AUGAAAGACAUGGAAAAUAUCUUUCAAUACACCACUGUGAAUAGCAGGUGCCCAAGGAACUUCUGUAAGGUCAUGAAGAAUUUUGACAUAUGCAUCUGCUGCAUUGCGAUCAACUUCUUCAGCAGAAAAGUUUGCUGUUUGAUGAGUAGCAGGAACAGCAUUUGCUUCACAGAAAUUAAUAUUGAGACUUUGGAAAUCUGUUAG